UGGCAUGCCGGGUUUCCUGCCGGAGCGCCCUGCCCCUAGCGUAAGCGGCAAUAAUUGCCCUUAAGUCGCGGGCAUUCUGUGUCCCCUGCGCGGGGCAAUUAAACAGAGUACCUCCCUAGUAACCAUGGCGCAUCCGCUUCUGUGGCAGUGUGAGCCGUGACCGCUGCCGGUGAGCUCCUGUACCGAGCGCUCUCCCCAGGAAUUGUUUGAGAACAUACGUCUAAACAGUGACCCGGCUACGGGGAGAGAAUGCAGAAACAGAAGCCAAAGGCGGUCCGAAAAAAUAGCUCCCUUAGAACGCCAAAGAAUUACGAACGUCCCACAAUUGCCUCAAAAUCCCGUUCGCCGUCGCCCUAUACCCGGAGGCGGAUGUGUGAGUUGUCCGAAGAUGCUAAGCAGAGAUUGGCCCAUCUGAAUCUUGGACCUUACGAAUUUAAGAAGGAAACCGGAAGCAAACCACCGUUUGUGGUCAGACAUAAGGAAUCAUUCAGUAUUCCCGACUUUUCUUUUACUUUGCGCUCUCCCAAAGCCAGUUUAAGAACAGAAGGACAGUCUGGCUCGCUCUCCAAUUCUUUACUUGGCAGCUCCACGCCUAUGCAUUCCCAAAUGAACCGAAAGGAGCACGGGGAUGACCUCGAGGACUCGUUGGACAGCCUAAAUGACCAUCUGCUCUCUGGGCCAGCUGGCAAAAUGGAUCAUUCUAGGACUUCACUCUCUCGCUCCGCACCGCCAUCCAUGCAGAAACACCUGCCGAGUCCAGUCCUUAACCGAUCCUCUCUCAGGGACAGAUUCCAUUCUGAGCCGAGAACAUCAGCAAACUGGGAAGAAAUCCAUGCGCGCGUCACAAACCUGCUAAGGACCCACAGUGCCAGAAGACUAAAUUUUGAUGGAAACGAAACUGGCGAAGAAGCCAAGAAGAGAGACUUGCCUCGUGAUGACGACUCCCUGCAGAUGAGCAAGUCACUUCCCUUGGAGAAAACGGUCCACCUGGACAACGGGCACUAUUGGUCAAACCGAGCAGCUGCUUACAAAGGGAAAAGCCACAGGGCUGUCUUUGAAGAGAGCAUGGAGAAAAUAUACCGGAAUAUGUACAGGAAUGCAUCCGAGGCCGGUGUGUACACAGAACCGGACCGUCCCUAGUAUAUCUUUUAUUUAACUAAAUGCCAAAGGUUUCAAACGAUUCACUAAUCCUUUCUUGCCAUGAACAAG